CACCCGGUCCGUCCUUUCCCGCGUGCUCCCAGCGCUGUUAGCCGUUAGCAUUUAGCAGCAGCGCAGUUCAGAAGGAAAAUAGAGUGAAAACAGAACCGGGACGGAACCGAACCGGAGCGGAGCGGACCAGACAUGACUAAAGAACAGGUCACAGGAGCGGCCGAGGAGGAGCAGCAGGCCCAGUCGAAGAAAGCGCUGAAGAAACAGCAGAAGGAAGCAGAGAAAGCGGCGAAAAAGGCUGAAAAGCAGGCCAAGCUGGCGGCGGAGCAGCAGACUGCUGAUGAGGAUGACUUUGCUAAGGAUCGUUAUGGAGUUUCUGCUAUGGUCCAGUCGCAGGAGAAAGUGGACAGGACAUUGGUGCGUGUUCAGGAGCUGACCCCACACAGAGGUGGUCAGCUGGUCUGGGUUCGUGCCAGAAUUCACACCAGCCGAGCCAAAGGGAAGCAGUGUUUCUUGGUUCUGCGUCAGCAGCAGUUUAACGUCCAGGCUCUGGUGGCUGUGGGAGAUCGGGCCAGCAAGCAGAUGGUCAAGUUUGCUGCGAACAUCACGAAGGAGAGCAUUGUGGACGUAGAGGCUGUGGUGCAGACGGUGGAGCAGAAAAUCGAGAGCUGCUCUCAGCAGGAUGUGGAGCUGCACAUUGAGAGGAUCUUUGUGAUCAGUCAGGCUGAGCCCAGGCUGCCUCUGCAGUUGGAGGAUGCUGUGAGACCUGAAACUGAAGGAGAAGAGGAAGGCAGGGCCACUGUUAACCAGGACACCAAACUGGACAACCGGGUCAUCGAUUUGAGGACCACGACCAGUCAGGCCAUCUUCCGGCUGCAGUCCGGAGUCUGUCAGCUGUUCAGAGACACUCUCAUCAACAAGGGCUUCGUCGAGAUCCAGACUCCAAAAAUCAUCUCAGCUGCCAGCGAGGGAGGAGCCAACGUCUUCACGGUGUCGUACUUUAAAACCAGCGCUUACCUGGCCCAGUCCCCGCAGCUCUACAAGCAGAUGUGCAUCUGCGCUGACUUCGACAAGGUGUUCUGCGUAGGACCAGUGUUCAGAGCAGAAGACUCGAACACCCAUCGUCACCUGACUGAGUUUGUGGGUCUGGAUAUAGAGAUGGCCUUUAACUAUCACUACCACGAGGUCAUCGACUCCAUCACUGACACCAUGGUGCAGAUCUUCAAGGGGCUCAGAGACCAUUUCCAGACGGAGAUCCAGACGGUGGGUAAGCAGUACCCCAGUGAGCCGUUCAAGUUCCUGGAGCCGACGCUGAGGCUGGAGUACCGCGAGGCUGUGGCCAUGCUCCGGGCAGCGGGGGUGGAGAUGGGAGACGAGGAGGACCUGAGCACACCUAAUGAAAAGCUGCUUGGUCGCCUGGUGAAGGAAAAGUAUGACACAGACUUCUAUGUUCUGGAUAAAUACCCCCUGGCAGUGAGACCCUUCUACACCAUGCCUGACCCCAACAACCCCAAAUAUUCCAACUCUUAUGACAUGUUCAUGAGAGGAGAGGAGAUCCUGUCUGGAGCUCAGAGAGUCCACGAUGCCCAGCUGCUCACUGAGCGAGCUCUGCAUCACGGCAUAGACUUGGAGAAGAUCAAGGCGUACAUCGACUCCUUCCGCUACGGAGCUCCUCCUCAUGCUGGCGGAGGAAUCGGUCUGGAGAGAGUGACCAUGCUGUACCUCGGCCUCCACAACGUGCGUCAGACGUCCAUGUUCCCGCGUGACCCCAAGCGUUUGACGCCCUGAAAGCUCCCAGGUCUGGCUGAUCUUCUGUCCCGACCAGAGCGGCAGGACACACCAUCAACUGCCGAGUCGGGGAACAGGACGCACCGGGAAGUUCAAGUGCCACCACGAUUUACAGAUAACUUUUUAAUGCUUAUACUAGAGUACGAUAAGUCCGGCCGGAGAAAACGAAGAUAAACUAACGUACCUAAAUCUGUCUGAAGGGAAUCGGUGUUCAGUAACAGUAGGUGAUGUACGAGGGAUGAGGGAGUUUGAGGUGAUCGGUCUUUUUCUACUGAACCAACUUUGCUACCUGACACACUACCGAGUCUGACUAACCAGCCGAUUCCUGCAGUUCUAGUCUUUAAUGUAAUUAGGCAUUUUUAAGGCAUGUAUUAAUUGGCAGAUUGUUAUAUAAGUAAUAAAUAAUUAAAAGAUAAUUGCAUAAACACAAA